AUGAGUCCUCAUCAAUGGAACAGCAACUGCAUCACGGUCCGUGUGUGGAUCAAAGAUGAAGACUUGAAUCAAGCUCCGACUAUUGGUAUCGAGUCAGCAAGAAGAGAAAUUGUCCAGCCCUGGCAUGUGAAGAAGAACACUAAUGAAAUCCGAGUGUGGUGUCAUGACAGCUCUGAACAGCAUCGGCCACGUGUCAACAACACAGAAACUUUGUGGGAGCUGGUUUUCGACUGCGUGGACGCCGAGCUGUGGCGUCCCGUCACUGUGGACUACAACGCCAGGUCGCAACGCUGUAGCGUCACUUCCAUCCAUCCGGAUGCUGUGCCCAGCUUCUCUUUGUCUGUGGAUCAGGCAUCCAAAUCUAUCAAUGUCACCGUCGAGUCUGACAAAAAAGUGCAUGCCAGGUGGUGCUACAAGCGGACUGCACACCACUGUGUACAAGGCUCGCAUUCCAACCUCACCACAAUUGAUCCAGCUCAAUCACGCUCUGCUCUCCUCAACAUCCCAUACGUGCUUCCUUGUGUCUGUGUUCAAGUCUACUACAACUAUGAAGACCCCCCACGAAAAACGGUGUGCCCUUUACAAGCACACCCCCUGCCAAAAGUGGAAGACGUGUGGCUUUCCUCCGAGUUGACCCUGUAUGAGUCCAGUCUGACGUUGAGCGCCGAGUGUCCCGCCCGAAACUUUCCAAUCUUUACCUCCCUCUGUUGGAGGAUUCAGCAGGACUUCUGCACCCCCAUCGCAAACUCCACGCUGCAGGCGCGGCAACAAGGCCCAAACCUGGUCUACAAUACGUCUUUGGUGGACAAACACCCUCGCAUGUGCGUCAAGUUUUCCCUGCAAGGCAGCCACAAUAUCUCUUGCCCCUUCCUGCCUGACAUGUCAUUGUGGCAUGUUUACCUGGAGGCCCACCCACGCGCCCUGCUUGUGUACAUUAACUCUUCAGUCCCAGCCGUGUUCUCGGCUCAGCUCUGCGUACAGACCGAGAGGGGAUGUGAGUCCAGAGGGCCUGUCUGCUCCAUCCAAGCGGUGAGCGCUGAAUACAAGAUCCAAAUAAGCGUUCCUCUUGACUCCGUGGCGAUGCAAGCAUGUGUUCAGGUGUGGCGGACUUCUCCUGCCCUUCUUGGACAAAGGAUUCUGUGUCCCCACUACCAUCGUGAGCGAUGGGGUCUACAAAUGCUGGCAGCUUUGAUUCUUCUUAUUCUUCUGGUGUAUUUAGUUGUUUUUAUGCACUCUCUCAUCAAAAAAGGAGCAACAGAUUGGUUGUACAUCCAGAAGCCGGUGUUGCUGGUGUGUUCGUCAGAGCGUUCGUCUCACAUUUCAGCUACUUGCGCCCUGGCUUCUCUGCUUCGGGGGGAUCUGGGCGCCACGGUCCACGUGGCCCUGUGCGCCCCCAGCUCCCAAAGGCAGAUGGGCGCUGGGACCGGUGUGGCAGAUCUGGGGCCGCUUCCCUGGCUGUAUGGCCAGUGGGAGGCCGUACAGGAGGCGCGCGGAAAAGUCGUGAUUGUGUGGAGUCCCGAGGCCAACAGGACGUAUGGCGAGUGGAGGCGGUGUACGCGUGGUAGCGAAGAUGAGACACGUGAGCGUUUCAAAUGUGAUGUUGGGCGACGAGAAAAGCUUCUGAAAAAUGAUGAAGAAGAGUGGACAUCGCAGAACCUGCCUUCUGGUGUCAUUGAACCAGUGUUGGAGGCUGCUCUGGCCCGUCUGGAAGCAGCACUGCAACAGCGUAAAGGCGUGGAUGCGGCGUUCGUCUACUUCCGAGCCCUCGGAAGCAGAGAUGACAUCCCUAAAGUCUUCCGUGAUGUCCCCCGCUAUUGCUUACCUCGGGAUUUAGGUGGCCUCAUCCGGGAGCUUGGAGGACCGACGAGAACAAAUGGGACGUCUUGGUGGCGCUGCUGGCCCAGGCUGGUUGACAAAUGGGUGUCCACUUGGCUGGCUCGGCAGUUGGCCCACAGACUGCGGACACAGCUGCCUCCUGUGCAAAGGCCAAAAGGCCAAAGGUGA